GGGGGUCUUGCUUGGCGACAGUCAUACAGACAGACCGUAAAAAAAAAAGAAUGGCCAAAAUCGUCACCUCACCCGUGGAAUUUCCCAAACAGCAACAGCUGAAGGCUUUUGUGCGUGACAGCUUACUGGAGCACAACACAAGCUUGGACAUCGACUCGAAAACCAGCACAUGUCGACUGACGCAUAUAGUCUGCACCAUCGGUCCGGCAUCUCGAGAGGUACUCUGCCCCCCGCUAGCCAGUUACUGAAUUAUAUAAUGAACAAGGGCUCAACGGGGGGGGGGGGGGGGGGAACUAAAAAAAAAAAAAACAUUUCAAUAAUAAAAGACUAUCUGUAAACAAUAAUACUACAGUUAGUCUUACACCCAACCUGGCGGCCUUAAAACAAUGGCCAUACAGAUAGUCCUACACCCAACCUGGCGGCCUUUAAACAAUGGCCAUACAGAUAGUCCUACACCCAACCUGCUGGCCUUUAAACAAUGGCCCUACAGACAGUCCUACACCCUACAUGUCGGUCUUUAAACAAUGGCCCUACAGACAGUCCUACAGAAAAUCCUACGCCAUACCCGUGGCUCUUUAUUGAUUUAUAUAAUAGCCACCUCCGAAAAAAUGUAACCUUCUUACCUGGGUUCAACCGUCACGCAUGACGCUCUCUGCUAUACAGCAUUUUUUUUUAAAAUAAUCACUCAGUACUAUUAAUAUAAAACAUGCUUAGUAAGGGGAGGACUGGUUGUGAAUAUAGGAAGCAGCCACACCAGAAGAGAAAUAUAUAUAAGAGACAUCAACAAAAGUUACGACAAUGCGGACAACCAAAAGUUAAAUUUUUUUUUUAAAAAUAAAAAGACACAAGAACAAUGAUAUCAAUUAACUGAGGCUCGUUAAUCAUAGGGAUUUUAAUUUUUUAAACUUCCCAUCCUUUAACUUCAACACAGUCCAAUCUGCAAUCACGAACAAUCACAACAGACACGGAUGUUGAUCAAUAUACAUAGUAUUGUUAUGACACAUACGUUUGGGGAUCCAUUUAUGUUUCAUUUAGCCCCCCCCCCCCCCCCCCCCCCCCCCCCCCCCCCCCAAAUCAUAGGGAUUUUAAUUUUUUAAACUUCCCAUCCUUUAACCUCAACCCAGUCCAAUCUGCAAUCACGAACAAUCACAACAGACACGGAUGUUGAUCAAUAUACAUAGUAUUGUUAUGACACAUACGUUUGGGGAUCCAUUUAUGUUUCAUUUAGCCCCGCCCCCCCCCCCAAUCCGCCGCCUCACCCAGGUAAUAAAUAAAACUAAGAAUAUAUCAGGGGGAAAAAUGUAACUAGUUUAUCCCUUUCUCAACUCAUCUAAGUUUAAAUCAAUUGGAAGACCUGGAUUUUACAGAUGACAUCACCCUUUUAUCCCAAAGCCACCCAACAAAUGCAAGAUAAAACUGCAAAGCUCGAUUCAUUUGCCAGACAGAUUGGACUUUCGGUACUUGAAAACAAAACUGAAGUCAUGAGAAUAAACUAAUGCAGAUAGCUUAGAUGUUGUAGCGAUAAGAGGGAAAGCCCUCUGAGAGGUAGAUCAAUUUAGAAGUAUAGUUAGUAAGGACGGGGGUUGGGGGUGGGAGGUGGAAGGAUCAAGGCAAGAAUAGUGGAGGAACGAGAAGCUUUUUGCUGUAAUUGAAGUUAUCUUUGGAACUCUAGGCAAGCAAGGAGAAAAAUAAAAACUAUAAUUUUAAACUGAACUGUAAAUUCUGUUCUGCUGUAUGGUUCAGAAAGAUUUAGAUCAACCAAAAAAACGAUAGGAAAAGACUGUAAACCUACAUAAAUAGUUGGAUGUGUAAAAGCCUUAACAUCAAGUGGUUUCACAAUCCAGUGGAGCAAGAAAUCCGGGGAAAGAUGGAGAUGGUUAGGUCGUACCAUGAGAAAACCCGAUGCUAAAUAUUACAAGGAGGAGGAAGACACCCCGCAACAACAAAAAAAAACAACAAACAAACAAAAACUAAAAAAAACAAAACAAAAAAAAAGCACACCUUGCCAUAUCGAGUCCUAUUUAAUAAAUAUUGGAAAGCUUUAGAUAGCAAGAGACCCGUAGUCUCGGGAAGAAUUUAAUUGUUAAUGGCGUAUGCUCAACUGGGAGUUGGAAUGACAAGGAAGAAGAAAGGAGUUACACUAACAAACCACCACAACAACAACAACAACAUAUAAUUAUUGUUUAAUUACUUGAAGUUUACGUACAAUUACAACUUACAAUUAGUUAUUGAACAAUUAUCACUAUGAAAUCAUCAAUAAAUUUGAUCUUAUUAACUACUGUCUACCAUUCGUCCGUUAAAAAAAUGUUGGUCGAUAAUAAUUUGACCGCGUGAGUUGUUUUGGUUUAAGUCUUGACUUAUGGAUUAAAUUGUUUUUUUCGAAAGACUUGACGAUACCCUGGAUUUUUUGUCUAAAACUCUGUAGUCGUUCCUGUUUCUCUUCAUGAAUGGACAUGCUCCCCAAGCUGAUGAAUCUGUAGUCUUUCCUGUUUCUCCACAGGUGGAUAUGCUCCCCAACCUGAUGAAUCUGUAGUCUUUCUUGUUUCUCCACAGCUGGACAUGCUCCUCAAGUUGAUGAAUCUGUAGUAUUUCCCAUUUCUCCACAGCUGGACAUGCUCAUCAAGCUGAUGAAUCUGUAGUCUUUCCUGUUUCUCCACAGCUGGACAUGCUCCUCAAGUUGAUGAAUCUGUAGUAUUUCCUGUUUCUCCACAGCUGGACAUGCUCCCCAACCUGAUGAAUCUGUAGUCUUUCCUGUUUCUCCACAGCUGGACAUGCUCCCCAACCUGAUGAAUCUGUAGUCUUUCCCAUUUCUCCACAGCUGGACAUGCUCCCCAACCUGAUGAAUCUGUAGUCUUUCCUGUUUCUCCACAGCUGGACAUGCUCCUCAAGUUGAUGAAUCUGUAGUAUUUCCCAUUUCUCCACAGCUGGACAUGUUCCCCAAGCUGAUGAAUCUGUAGUCUUUCCCGUUUCUCCACAGGUGGACAUGCUCAUCAAGCUGAUGAAUCUGUAGUCUUUCCUGUUUCUCCACAGCUGGACAUGCUCCUCAAGUUGAUGAAUCUGUAGUCUUUCCCAUUUCUCCACAGCUGGACAUGUUCCCCAAUCUUAUGAAUCUGUAGUCUUUCCCGUUUCUCCACAGGUGGACAUGCUCCCCAACUGAUGAAUCUGUAGUCUUUCCCGUUUCUCCACAGCUGGACAUGCUCCUCAAGUUGAUAAAUCUGUAGUAUUUCCCAUUUCUCCACAGGUGGACAUGCUCCUCAAGCUGACGAAUCUGUAGUCUUUCCUGUUUCUCCACAGGUGGACAUGCUCAUCAAGCUGAUGAAUCUUUAAUCUUUCCUGUUUCUCCACAGGUGGACAUGCUCCCCAAUCUUAUGAACCUGUAAUCUUUCCCAUUUCUCCACAGGUGGACAUGCUCCCCAAUCUUAUGAACCUGUAAUCUUUCCCAUUUCUCCACAGGUGGACAUGCUCCCCAAUCUUAUGAACCUGUAGUCGUUCCCAUUUCUCCACAGCUGGACAUGCUCCCCAAUCUUAUGAAUCUGUAGUCUUUCCUGUUUCUCCACAGGUGGACAUGCUCCCCAAUCUUAUGAAUCUGUAGUCUGUCCCAUUUCUCCACAGGUGGACAUGCUCCCCAAUCUUAUGAACCUGUAGUCGUUCUCAUUUCUCCACAGGUGGACAUGCUCCCCAAUCUUAUGAAUCUGUAGUCUGUCCCAUUUCUCCACAGGUGGACAUGCUCCCCAAUCUUAUGAAUCUGUAGUCUUUCCCAUUUCUCCACAGGUGGACAUGAUCCUCAAUCUUAUGAAUCUGUAGUCUUUCCUGUUUCUUCACAGGUGGACAUGCUCCCCAAUCUUAUGAAUCUGUAGUCUUUCCCAUUUCUCCACAGGUGGACAUGCUCCUCAAUCUUAUGAAUCUGUAGUCUUUCCUGUUUCUCCACAGGUGGACAUGCUCCCCAUCUUAUGAGUCUGUAGUCUUUCCCAUUUCUCCACAGGUGGACAUGCUCCCCAAUCUUAUGAAUCUGUAGUCUUUCCUGUUUCUCCACAGGUUGACAUGCUCCUCAAGCUGAUGAAGGCCGGCAUGAACAUCGUCCGUCUCAACUUCUCGCACGGCAGCUACGACUACCACGCCGGGACGGUCCGAAACGUGAGGGAGGCCGCCGCCCAGCUUCCCCGGGGGACGGUGGUGGCCGUGGCACUGGACACCAAAGGACCUGAGAUCAGGACGGGCCUGCUAGAGGGCGGGGCAUCAGACGAGGUUGAACUGACGACAGGUGAGGUAGUGCGAUGCAUAAAGCUGGGGGUCAUUCCGGAACGCGUUGUCCCUGUCGUUUGUGUGAUGCGCCGUGGGGUUAUUCCGGGACGUUUAGUCCCGGUCGAUUGUGUGAUGCACCGUACGGACAGAUGGUUUACUGAGAGAAACCAGAGCUGAAGGUACAAAGACUUCCACUUUACUCGGUAUAGGUUUGGGUGACAUGCGCGGAAGAGGCAGUUCCGGAUUCCACAGAGCGCACCACAGCGGUGUUAACACGCUAAGUUACUUGGAUAGCCUCUCCAUUAAAUCGCUAUGUGAACAGCCGAGAGUCUCUGAAGAAAAAUUAAAAGGAAAAACCCAAAAGACCAGAGGUCUUAAGAGGAAAUCUAUCAUGUUCAUAUGUAUGGAAAUGAAAAUGUUGGUGGUCCAGUCUUUCAGUGACAGAGGUUCAGUAGCACUUGUCCAUCACAAGUUGUUUAAAACGUUAAAGAAAAAUGCAGUGACGCAGUUGAAAGUUCCAAAUGAACUGUUUACUUAAGUUUUUCCUCGAAGUGAAAAAGAAGAAAAAUUCGUCACGACAUCUUCUCUUAGUCUAGUACUCUAUAACCCAGAUACAUCUUCUGAGGUUUUUAUUUACGUUUUGAGGAAAUAAAUAUGUAAUUAAAGCCCCCCCCCCUACCCACACACACACACAAUUUAAAGGAAAAAAAUUAAAAUAACAUACCAAUAACUAUUUAAACGCAAUGGCAAACUAAAUGAAAGAAAAAAUAUAUAAUGUUUAAAAUAUUCCUGUAAAGAAUUAUCACUGCCCGUUAUGUACCAAUCAUCACUGUAAUCUACUCUAAAGGUGCCAUCGUAGCAUUCAUUAUGUUAAAAAAAAGAUAUGCAUUAUCCGUUUUAAAGGUGGCAGCAAUGGUUACCCCCAAAUGUAACAACAUCUUAUGUUCCAUAUGUAAGGUGGCAGCAAAGGUUACCCCCAAAUGUAACAAUAUCUUAUGUUCCAUAUGUAAGGUGGCAGCAAAGGUUACCCCCAAAUGUAACAAUAUCUUAUGUUCCAUAUGUAAGGUGGCAGCAAAGGUUACCCCAAAUGUAACAAUAUAUUAUGUUCCAUAUGUAAGGUGGCAGCAAAGGUUACCCCAAGUGUAACAAUAUCUUAUGUUCCAUAUGUAAGGUGGCAGCAAUGGUUACCCCCAAAUGUAACAAUAUAUUAUGUUCCGUAUGUAAUUGGCAGCAAAGGUUACCCCAAAUAUAACAAUAUCUUAUGUUCCAUAUGUAAGGUGACAGUAUCACUGUCACAAUUAAUGACGACUACAAGGAGAAGUGCUCCAAAUCUAUCGUGUGGGUCGACUAUAAGAACAUCACCAACGUCUUGUCCGAGGGGUCCAUCAUUUACGUGGAUGACGGUCUGAUCUCGCUCAAAGUCACCGAGAAGGGAACCGACUUCUUCAAGUGCUACAUCGUCAAUGGCGGCAAACUCGGCAGUAAGAAGGUACAGCACGGCCAAUUUGUGAUGUAAUUUAAGUGAUAGGUGAAAUAAAUGAGAUUUAAAUGGAGAUAUUAGGUUUAACGAGUAGAGGGGAGCAGUGCAAUGUGGAUAGAUGCGAGGUUAUUUUUUUAUUUUAUUCUAUCGUGACAAAAUUAGCCGUCAUUCGUUGAAUAUAUAGCUUACAUGACCGCUUGUCCUUUUAAAUUAUUAAUGGCUUUCUCUCUAUAAUACUCUCUUUUCCAUCUUUAUUGUGGAGCUUAUUUUUCUUUUAAGGCUUUCUAUUUACUCGCAUUUCCUUACAGUCUUUCUUUACGCCAUGCCUUUUAAGAAAUUUAAGGAUAUUUUCUUUUCUUUUUUUUAGUGCUUUUCAACUCGUUUUUUGAUAGAAAGUUUUGUUUUACAAUUUAAAAAAAAAAUCUGUUUAUUCCAGUUCUGUGAGUCUGAAAAUACAGAUUAGAAUUAGCUCUACUUUCUCACCAAUCUAAAUAAAAUGAGCGGCAUUUUUGGCCAACUUCACAGUGUUUUAUUGUUUAAGGGGUAAAGGUUGGCCGGCCAUGGGCGACGUUUACCCUAGAUACACCACUACAUCUGGUCAAUGGUUUUAGCAUAUCCUAUAAUAUCUUCUCGUCAGGGUUGUAAUCUACCGGGAACACCUGUCGACUUGCCCCCCGUUUCAGAAAAGGACAAACAAGAUUUGUUAUUUGGUUUAGAACAAAAUGUUGACAUGGUUUUUGCAUCGUUUAUUCAGUAAGUACCUGAUUAUUUGCAUAGUUCAUUCAGUGAGUACCUGAUUAUUUGCAUAGUUUUCAGUGAGUACCUGAUUAUUUGCAUAUUUAAUUCAGUGAGUACCUGAUUAUUUGUAUAGUUCAUUCAGUGAGUACCUGAUCAUUUGCAUAGUUCAUUCAGUAAGUACCUGAUUAUUUGCAUAGUUCAUUCAGUGAGUACCUGAUUAUUUGCAUAGUUUUCAGUGAGUACCUGAUUAUUUGCAUAUUUAAUUCAGUGAGUACCUGAUUAUUUGCAUAGUCCAUUCAGUGAGUACCUGAUAUUUGCUUCCUUCAUUCAAAAAGUAUCUGAUUAUUUGCAUAGUUCAUUCAGUGAGUACCUGAUAUUUGCUUCCUUCAUUCAAAAAGUAUCUGAUUAUUUGCAUAGUUCAUUCAGUGAGUACCUGAUUAUUUGCAUAGCUCAUUCAGUGCGUACCGUACUUGAUCUGUACAUCAUUUAAAUACAUUUUCUUAUUACACACCAAGAAACAAAAAUCCUAUGACGUGUUUUAAAUGAAAAAAGACUAUGCACAUUUAAUUGUAAGUCAAACAUCUUUAGUCUUUUAGUCUCAUGACACCGGAUCUAUCAUUAAAAAGUCAUUCAUAAAAUGAAUUAGUUUGUUUUGGAUUUCUUUGCAGAGACGGGGCAGGGAUUAAGGAAAUUCGCAGAGUUCUCGGGGAUAAGGGCAAACAUAUUAAGAUCAUCGCCAAGAUAGAAAGUUUUGAGGGCAUCUACAACUUUGAGGAAAUCCUUCAGGAGUGUGAUGGCGCCAUGGUGGCCAGAGGAGACAUGGGCAUUGAGAUACCCCCGGAAAAGGUGAGAAAGAAACUAGCUGGGCUUUACUAAGUCAGGACGUAGUCACAACUGAUACUAUUAAUCACUAGGGAAAAAAAUAUAAUAAAAUCAUGAUUAUUAUCUCUUUGACAGCAUAAGAAGUGAACUUUACAUAGAUUGCAUAUAUAAUAGAUCAUGUGACAGUUACAAUUAGGAUGUGGCCAUAAUAUACUUCAUGCGCCGAAAACUAGCAGCACUGGAACACCCGUAUUUCGGACAGUACAUGUGUUUUUCAACGGUACAAAGCUCAAACCGCCAUUAAACAUAGUGAAAAGAAAGAUAUGCUGGAUAGUUGUUGCUAUUGGAAAUGGGUUUCUCCACGAGGGAAUAAGUAUUGAUAUCAAAGUCGAGCAAUAUUUUCACUCCUACAUUAACGAACGGAAAUGGUGGGAAAAGAAUUCAAGAGAGAUAAUAAUACUUAAAGACGGUGUCACAGAACGGUUGUUACGGAGGAGGGCUCCGGUCCUGACUUAACACAAACUAUGUUGACUUAGUAGUGGUCAGUACAGGACCACUCCUCUCUGUGAUUUAUAUUGUUGGUGUCUAGGCGUUGAGACAGACAAAAGCACAACGUAGACUUGGACGAAAUGCAACAACUCAAACUCCAGGUGUCCAACGUUAAUGAAAGUAUGUUUAUUUCUAAGAUAUAAGUUUCUUCUAUCAUCUGUCGUCUUCUGGUCUCUAUCAAGUAUUCCUUAACAACUGCUCAGUUCUAUCGUAGCUCUUUUCUCUCUCUUCCUCAACUAAUCCGUAGUUCUUCUCUAUCUUCCUCAACUAACUACUGUCGCUCCUUUCCCUCUUCCUCAACUCGUCGUACCUCUGUUCACUCUCCCUCAACUAACUCAACUCAGUGAAAGCUCCCUCUUAUAUGUGGUCCUCUACCCCCCUAUAGGUGGUCCAGGAAUGCUAUCUAUAAACACACCCAUGCCCCCUAAUUUCCGGUCAAUUAGACCUUCCCAUUGUUAAUCCAAAAAUUAUCAUGCGAAGUCUGGAAAACCCGAACAUACUAUUAUCCAAAGAAACAAUCCCCACUAUAUCAAGAUGUGAGAGUCUAUUCAACCUUAACUUAACCCCAUUAACAGCAGUUUCCUUCCAUCCUAUAAGUUACCUUAACAACAAUGGAGCUCUGUCCUAUACCCCCGCCCCAGUCAUUUGUGACAGACGGCACUAAGUCAAACGGCUCUGGAGAGGUACUAUGUCACUAAGUCAAACGGCUCUGGAAAGGUACUCUGUCACUAAGUAGAACUGCUCUGGAAAGGUACUCUGUCACUAAGUCAAACUGCUCUGGAGAGGUACUCUGUCACCAAUUCAAACGGCUCUGGAAAGUUACUCUGUCACUAAGUCAAACUGCUCUGGAAAGGUACUCUGUCACUAAGUAAAACUGCUCUGGAAAGGUACUCUGUCACCAAGUCAAACUGCUCUGGAAAGGUACUCUGUCACUAAGUCAAACUUCUCUGGAAAGGUACUCUGUCACUAAGUCAAACGGCUCUGGAAAGGUACUCUGUCACUAAGUCAAACUGCUCCAGAAAGGUACUCUGUCACUAAGUCAAACGGCUCUGGAAAGGUACUCUGUCACAAAGUCAAACUGCUCCAGAAAGGUACUCUGUCACUAAGUCAAACGGCUCUGGAGAGGUCCUCUGUCACUAAGUCAAACAGCUCUGGAGAGGUACUCUGUCACUAAGUCAAACGGUUCUGGAAAAGAACUCUAUCAGCGGAAGGAAAAGACUAAUCGAGCUGCAAGUGAAUGUUACUUCCGUGGGAGAAUCAGUCAUUCCUAUACACAUAUGGAUCUUCAUAUUUGGAUCGCAUAGUCAGAAAUUUCCACCAAUACAUCAUCAUGGCUCGCAAAAGAAAAGUAGCUGCGCCAAGCGUUGUCCAACUUUUUCCGGUGCGGAAAUGCAUCUAUGUCUUUAAACAAUCGUUGAAUGAACGUAUUUCCGAUGUUCAGUUUGACACAUGCUCCUCGUAAACUUCAUAGGGUCCAACACAGCACCUUCUGGAGAACAUGAGCGGGGUCCUCAUUAUAGAAAAAACUUCCUCUUCCGCUGACAUAAUAUACUUCCACAUCGGCAAAAUUUCGUAACGAUUGACGGCAUAACUGUGCUACUUGGUGCCGUCUAAUUAAAUCUCUCUUGGACUUGUCUGCCACCUUUUUUCAUACACGGCUCCUGAUUACAAUCACGUCAUUACUUAGGUACGAGCGAAAAUAAUGGACAGCUGGAGUACGUUUUCCUCCGUCGAGAAACAUUUGCAACACCAACUGCAUGUCGAACGAAUCUUUCUUUUCACGACCGAGAACACGUGUCGACUGGAGCUAUGCACAGUUUACAAACGCACGCAAAUGUUCAAGGUGCAGACGUUUCAGUAAUGUUAACAAUUGUUUGCCGUUCAGAGACACUUCGCUAGCAUAGUAGUACAUAAAGGUGUUGACAUUUUUUCGACCCGAGUACCCGGAUGAUUACAGCAGUUCUAAUAAUAGAUUUACGCCAUUAAAUGACAAGCCCUGUUGAAUGAAUGCUCUUGAAAUUAAGAUGAUGGUAAUGUGACCAUCACAUUGGAGAUGUCAUCGUUAGAUAAAUGUUUUGACCAUAGCAUCAGUUGAGACGACAUGAAUUCGUAUACAAGUUAGAAAUGCGUGACUGACAUGAGGGUUGUUUUGUUUCCACCACGGCAAGGUGUUCAUCGCCCAGAAGCUCAUGAUCUCCGCCUGUAACAAGGCCGCGAAGCCGGUGAUCUGCGCCACGCAGAUGUUGGAGAGUAUGACGUACAAGCCGAGGGCCACACGGGCUGAGACUGCGGAUGUGGCCAACGCCGUACUGGACGGGGCGGACUGUGUCAUGUUGUCUGGGGAAUCUGCUAAAGGUGAGCCGCAGUGUGUCUGAGUGUGUCCUGUUGUCUGGGGAAUCUGCUAAAGGUGAGCCAAAGUAAGUCUGAGUGUGUCCUGCUGGCUGUGGAAUCCGCUAACAGUGAGCCAAAUUGGGUCUGACCAUGUCCUGCUAUCUCUGAAAUCCACCGUAGAUGAUCCACAGUUUACCUGUGUCAAGUUGUCUGGUGAAACUUCUAAAGGUGAGCCACAGUGUGUCUUAGGGUUUCGUGUUGUCUUUGGAAUCUAAUGAAGGCGAUCAUCAUUGCAUCUGAGUGUGUCUCGCUGUCUAUCGAAUCUGCUAAAGGUGAGUCACAUUAGGUCAGAGGGUGUCAUGUGUUCUGGGGAUUCGGACAAAGGGGAGCCAUAUUGUGUCCAGCUAGGUGAGGAGUCGCUAAGAUGAGCCACAGAGUUGAGUUAAUUGCCAUCUAUUCUCUCUAAUUAUAUAAAGCUGAAUUGAAACAUCUUCAAUGCCUUCAACAGAAAUACAAUUUAUAUUGUAUGGUUUUCUAUUGUACUGUUUACUAUUGUUGUAGGCUUGUAUCCAGUUGAAGCCGUGUCCCACAUGGCAUCCAUUUGUUUGGAGGCGGAGUCGGUCUUCAACACGUAUGUACUGUUGAUGCUACACGUCUCUCAUCAUAUAUUAACAAUCUGUCAUCCCAUGGUAACCACCUGUCAUCCCCUGGUAACCACCUGUCAUCCCCUGGUAACCCCUUGUCAUCCCUUGGUAACUACCUGUCAUCCCUUGGUAACCACCUGUCAUCCCUUGGUAACUACCUGUCAUCCCUUGGUAACCACCUGUCAUCCUUUGGUAACUACCUGUCAUCCCUUGGUAACCACCUGUCAUCCCUUGUUAACCACCUGUCAUCCCUUGGUAACCACCUGUCAUCCCCUGGUAACCACCUGUCAUCCAUUGGUAACCACCUGUCAUCCCUUGGUAACCACCUGUCAUCUCUUGGUAAAUACCUGUCAUCCCUUGGUAACCCCUUGUCAUCCCUUGGUAAAUACCUGUCAUCACUUGGUAACCACCUUUCAUCCUUUGGUAACUACCUGUCAUCCCUUGGUAACCACCUGUCAUCCCUUGGUAACCACCUGUCAUCCCUUGGUAACCACCUAUCAUCCCAUGGUAACCACCUGUCAUCCCUUGGUAACCACCUGUCAUCCCAUGGUAACCACCUGUCAUCCCCUGGUAACUACCUGUCAUCCUCUGGUAACCCCUUGUCUUCCCCUGGUAACCACCUGUCAUCCCUUGGUAACCCCCUGUCUUCCCUUGGUAACCACCUGUCAUCCCUUGGUAACCACCUGUCAUCCCUUGGUAACUACCUGUCAUCCCUUGGUAACCACCUGUCAUCCCUUGGUAACCACCUGUCAUCCCUUGGUAACCACCUGUCAUCUCUUGGUAAAUACCUGUCAUCCCCUGGUAACCCCUUGUCAUCCCUUGGUAACCACCUGUCAUCCCUUGGUAACCACCUGUCAUCCUUUGGUAACCACCUGUCAUCCCUUGGUAACCACCUGUCAUCCCAUGGUAACCACCUGUCAUCCCUUGGUAACCACCUGUCAUCCCAUGGUGACCACCUGUCAUCCCUUGGUAACUACCUGUCAUCCCCUGGUAACCCCUUGUCAUCCCUUGGUAACUACCUGUCAUCCCUUGGUAACCAUCUGUCAUCCCAUGGUAACCACCUAUCACCCCAUGGUAACCACCUGUCAUCCCUUGGUAACCACCUGUCAUCCCAUGGUAACCACCUGUCAUCCCCUGGUAACUACCUGUCAUCCUCUGGUAACCCCUUGUCAUCCCUUGGUAACUACCUGUCAUCCCUUGGUAACCACCUGUCAUCCCAUGGUAACCCCUUGUCAUCCCUUGGUAACCACCUGUCAUCCCUUGGUAACUACCGGUCAUCCCAUGGUAACCACCUGUCAUCCCUUGGUAACCACCUGUCAUCCCUUGGUAACCACCUGUCAUCCAUGGUAACCACCUGUCAUCCCUUGGUAACCACCUGUCAUCCAUCGUAACCACCUGUCAUCCCCUGGUAACCACCUGCCAUCCCAUCGGUGCCCGCCUCUCCUCCCAUCGGUGCCCACCACCCUUGGUCACCACCUGUCCUCCCUUGGUAACCACCGGUCCUCCCAUGGUAACCACCUGUCAUCCCUUGGUAACCACCUGUCAUCCCUUGGUAACCACCUGUCAUCCAUGGUAACCACCUGUCAUCCCUUGGUAACCACCUGUCAUCCAUGGUAACCACCUGUCAUCCCCUGGUAACCACCUGUCAUCCCAUCGGUGCCCGCCUGUCAUCCCAUCGGUGCCCACCUGUCAUCCCAUCGGUGCCCGCCUGUCAUCCCGUCGCUGCCCACCCAUCUCUAAAUUUGUUUCCAGUCGACAAAUAUUCCGUGAACUGAAGGCAUUGACUCCCACGUUUGCCGACUCCGCCCAAAGUCUCGCCCUCUCGGCAGUGGAAGCAUCCUACCAGUGCAUGGCGGCCGCCAUUGUGGUGCUCUCGGAAACAGGUCGUACAGCCAGCCUAGUGUCCACCUACAAGCCCAGGUGUCCGGUCAUAAUGGUCACACACAACGAAUCCGCCGCUAAACAGCUACUUUUGUACAGGUAGCCACCACAGUGCAUGAAUACAGUAAACACCUUAGCACGCUUUGCUACAUGUUAAUUAUAAACACAAUGACGUUGUAGUGUACAGUGUAUUUUUGUUGUUGUCGUCGUUCAAAAGCAUACACAUUAAAUAAUUAUUGUAAUUGUUAACUGCAACGUGUAGGAAGUCCAUCAUUUGACCAAUGCCGUGGUUGUCUGCCUCGAGUUGUAGGUUCCUUGAAGCGGGACUGGAAGCUGUAGCUCUAGAGCCAGAACUUUUUGCCCGGAGCGGGAGCCUGUGAAAUUUCUUUGUGCGCCAAGCUCCAAAACGUAUUUUUAAAAAAACACACAAUUAAUUAUAAAAUAUGUAACUUGAACUUUCUAAUUAGAUUUUUUUAAAAAAAUAAAAUGUAUGCCACAGUGAUGCCCCACUCUUCUAACAUCUAUUCUGCCUCACUCUCUUACAACUAUGUCGCCCCACUCCUCUACAGCUAUGUUGCCCCUCUCUUCUGCCGCUAUGUUGCCCCUCUCUUUUGGAGCUAUGUUGCCCCUCUCUUCUGCAACUAUGUUGCCCCACGCGUUUACAACAAUGUUUCCCCACUCUUCUACCAGCUAUGUUUCCCCACACUUCUUCCAGCUAUGUUUCCCCACUCUGCUUCCAGCUAUGUUGACCCGCACUUCUUCCAGCUAUGUUUCCCCACUCUCCUUCCAGCUAUGUUGACCCGCACUUCUUCCAGCUAUGUUUCCCCACUCUGCUUCCAGCUAUGUUGAACCACUCUUCUUCAAGAUAUGUUGCUGUACAUGCGAUGGGUUAGGUACAACCAUAACGACAUGUGUUUAAACACUUAGCGCCCACUCAACCACAUCAACCCUUUUUGAAUUACCGUAGCUUGAAGCGGAGCUCGGUAAAAAAAAAUAAAAAGAAUCCUUUCCAAACCCUUGGGUUCAAGGACACCGUUAGCAUGUCCUUCAGAGCUCAGUGUGAUGUUCAACUGCUCAGGUUGAAUGCUUAGGGACACCCGUAGGCAGACCCCCAGAGCCCAGUGUGAUGUUCAUCUGCUCAGGUUGUAUGCUUAGGGACACCGGUAGGCAGACCUUCAGAGCCCAGUGUGAUGUUCAUCUGUUCAGGUUGUAUGCUUAGGGACACCCGUAGGCAGACCUUCAGAGCCCAGUAUGAUGUUCAACUGUUCAGGUUGAAUGCUUAGGAACACCCGUAGGCAGACCUUCAGAGCCCAGUGUGAUGUUCAUCUGUUCAGGUUGUAUGCUUAGGGACACCCGUAGGCAUACCUCCAGAGCUCAGUGUGAUGUUCAACUGUUCAGGUUGUAUGCUUAGGGACACCCGUAGGCAGACCUCCAGAGCUCAGUGUGAUGUUUAUCUGCUCAGGUUGUAUGCUUAGGGACACCCGUAGGCAGACCUUCAAAGCCUAGUGUGAUGUUCAACUGUUCAGGUUGUAGGCUUAGGGACACCCGUAGGCAGAUCUUCAGAGCCCAGUAUGAUGUUCAACUGUUCAGGUUGUAGGCUUAGGGACACCCGUAGGCAGACCUUCAGAGCUCAGUGUGAUGUUCAACUAUUCAGGUUGUAGGCUUAGGGACACCCGUAGGCAGAUCUUCAGAGCCCAGUAUGAUGUUCAACUGUUCAGGUUGUAGGCUUAGGGACACCCGUAGGCAGAUCUUCAGAGCCCAGUAUGAUGUUCAACUGUUCAGGUUGUAGGCUUAGGGACACCCGUAGGCAGAUCUUCAGAGCCCAGUGUGAUGUUCAACUGUUCAGGUUGUAUGCUUAGGGACACCCGUAGGCAGAUCUUCAGAGCCCAGUAUGAUGUUCAUCUGUUCAGGUUGUAGGCUUAGGGACACCCGUAGGCAGACCUUCAGAGCUCAGUGUGAUGUUCAUCUGCUCAGGUUGAAUGCUUAGGGACACCCCUAGGCAGACUUUUAGAGCCCAGUGUGAUGUUCAUCUGCUGGGGUUGUAGGAUCAAUAAAAACCUGGUUGUCGGCUGCGUGACAUCCAACAGGCAACAAAAACCAUUAGUCCAGCUCAGCAUAAAGCAUUCAUGUCCUGAAAAUUAGGACACCGCAUCCGCUGACAGCCUGUUUUAUCGGCAACAGCUAACCGUCAUUAGUGACGACAUAUGCUGAAGUCAGGGACAUGCUGGCACAUGAAAACCCGUGAAGAACGGUGUAGUAAGAAAGGCCCGGAGAAACCCGGGAAGAACGGGGUAGUAAGAAAGGCCCGGAGCCCCCCCCCCCCCGCACACCGGAGAUGGUAACUGCCCAAAAAGGCCCAUGACGCAUGCUCGUCGCGUCGUCGUGGGUCAGCACGAAGUAAAACCACCAAUAUAGUAAAAGUUGUGAACCUGGUUUUAAAAUGGUAAAACUGGGGUCAAAUGUGUAAAACUGGGAUCAAAUGUAUAAAACUGGGAUCAUAUUUGUAAAUUUGGUGUCAAUUGUGUAAAUCUGGCUGUGUAAAUCUGGUGUAAAAUGUGUAAAUCUGUUGUUCAAUGUGUAAAUCUAGGGUCAAAUGUGUAAAUUUGAUGUCAAAUGUGUAAAUCGGGGGUCAGAUGUGUAAAUCUGGGGUAAAUAUGUAAAUCUGGUGUCAAGUGUGUAAAUCGGUGGUAAAAGUAGAAAGUCUUAAUUUAAUAAAAAAUAGUUAACAUAGAGUCAAAGCUGCCCUUCUUUUGAUGCACACCCCCAAACUGUGUUACUAAACACAUGAACAUUCGUACACACCCCAAACGGUGUUACUAAACACCCGAACAUUUUUACACACCCCAAACUGUGUUACUAAACACAUGAACAUUUGUACACACCCCAAAACUGUGUUAUUAAACACAUGAACAUUUGUACACACCUCCAAACUGUGUUACUAAAAAAUGAACACUUGUACACACCCCAACCUGUGUUACUAAACACAUGAACAUUUGUACACACCCCCAAACUGUGUUACCAAACAGAUGAACAUUUGUACACACCUCCAAACUGUGUUACUAAAAACAUGAACAUUUGUACAUACCCCAAACUGUGUUACCAAACACAUGAACAUUUGUACACACCCCUAAACUGUGUUACCAAACACAUGAACAUUUGUACACACACCCAAACUGUGUUACCAAACACAUGAACAUUUGUACACACCCCAAAACUGUGUUACCAAACACAUGAACAUUUGUGCACACUCCCUGACCUGUAUGAUCCCUCCUCCCCACCAGGGCCAUCCACCCGGUGUUCCUCCCAGGAAAAGACCCGGACUGGGUCAAGGACGUCAACCUCCAGGUCACUACGGCCGUCGAUGUGGGUGUGGCCCAGGGUUACCUGUGCCUCAAUGACCCCAUCAUCCUGCUCAUGGGCCUGGCCGGCGGGCCGAGCCAGACCUGCUGCCUGCAAGUGAUAGCCUGCAACAAAGGACCGAAGCGGGCUUCCCUCUGAACAGCAUCCUGUCUGGGACUGAUAAGAGUCUGCUAGUUUCUUUUUCACUCUAAUUAAUUAUUAUUAUUUCGUUAAAACUCUGCACAUAACCUCAAUUUAUUGUUCCCAGACUUUGGGGUAGAUAACCAGUCUGAGUGUGUAUCCUAUUUUUGAAAUUUUUAUUAUUAUUUGGUUCAUGUAGACUAGAAGAGAUAGGUGUAUUUUUGUGUGUGUACGCACUCCCCCAUAUGUACAGCCCUAAUUUACAAGCCGCAAAGACAGUCGAGGUAAUCAUGAGACAUUAUAUGUCUCAGACGCUUUAAUUUUUUUCAAAACUUUUUUUUUUUAAAAAUCAAUUCCCC